AUGAGCUGGAAAGGGUUCAAAAAGGCGCUGGAGCGAAUGCCCCACCAGCUGCAAUCCAAGAUUGGCCGCGGUGCAAAAACAGUCGACACAGAUUUCGACGACCUCAAGGCGCGCUUCAUCGAGCUCGAAGCCGACACCAAACAACUAUUUGCGCAAACAGCCCAGUUCCGGGACAGCAUCCGCGCGACCCUCCUCUACCAGACCUCCUAUCUUGAGCAAAUCCUCGCUGUCUAUCGCCCCAUCAGCACGGACCCGGAUGGCACUGCGCAACCAGUUGGCAGCUACGUGGACGAAGGUGCGUCGCCGGAACUCCUGCGGGUAGCAGAGGAAUUCCACCGCCGUGUAGUGGCAAUUAAGCAAAGCAUUGAGCCGCAGCUGAGCUCCCUCGAUAUUUCCAUCGUGGGGCCGAUUCAGGAAAUGAUGGCGAUGAUGCGCAAUGUGCACAAGGUUAUCCAAAAGAGAGACCACAAAAUGAUGGAUUAUGACCGGCACCGCGUGGCUGUGGAGAAGGCAGAGGCCAAGGAGUCCACCGAUGGCCAUCGCAUGCUUUCGGAAGAAAAAUCCUACCAGAAGAAUUCUGCGCAGUACCAGGAUGCCGCCCGCCAGUACACGUACUUUAACGAUAUGUUGAAGGCUGAGUUGAAGCAGAUGCUGGAUUUGAGGCAGGCCUUUAUUGAUCCUAUUUUUGUCAAGUUCUUUAGGAUCCAGCAUCAGCUUUAUGAUAGCCUGUUUAGGGAGUUCUCGGACGCAGCGAGGAAUUGCCCGGCUUUUGACUUAACCACGCCUGUGGUAGUUGGGUGGCAGAACAAGUGGGCGAAGGCGGAGCAGAGCCUGUCCGCUAUUGAUCUGUGGGGUCACGGAAACAUGGUUGUAGUGCCUGUAAAGCUGGACGAGAGCAAGGCGGGCAUGAUGGGUACCGUUAGGGGCACUUUUUCUAAGAAGGAUAAGCCAGCUGGUUAUAAGCCUGCGGCGGCGGGCAUAUUUGCAUCACAGGGGGGCGCUACACCACCGUCUGGUUCCUCUAGUCCCUACGGUACGGUCAGUCCGUACAAGGGCAAGGAUCUGUUGAAGCAGCAUGCGACACCACCACCGGCAGCGGCAUCACCUUAUAUUGCGCAUACGGCCGCUCCGCUGCCAUCCUAUGGACCAGGCGCAUAUUCUACUGCUCCUGUCGAAAAACCAAUGGCAACAUUGCCUAGUGGUAGUGGUAGCAGCGGUGCGCAGUAUGUUGAGGCGUUGUAUGAUUAUGUAGCUCAGGCGCAAGGUGACUUGGAGUUCAAGGAAGGCGAUAGAAUCGAGUUGUUGAAGCGGACGGAGGCAAAGGAUGAUUGGUGGACAGGCAGGCUUCGUGGUGUUGUUGGCGUGUUCCCUGGGACAUACGUGACCGAUCCCAAAUGA